UUUUUCUUUCCUUCUAGUGCCAAAAAUAAGUUUUUGUCUACAAAAAGAACUUCAUUCGCCAUGUUACUACAAGAUGUUCCUGAAACAACUAUUGAAAAUAACUUUUGGUCUUUAGACGCAACAGCUUUAAGUGUUUUGUUAAAACGGCUUGAAGAUUCAGACAAGUCAACCAAGACUAUUCUAAACUACUUUGAGAAAAGAUCAAAGAUUGAACAAGAAUAUGGAAAUCAAUUGUUGGAACUAUCAGAGUCCCUGUUUGAGAUAGAAGAUUGUUUCCAAAUUAUAUCACAAUCAACAGAAAUGAGUGCAAGGGCUCAUAUUGAACUAGGGCAGCAAAUGAAAAAUAUGCUUCAAAUACCUUUUAAGAACUAUAUAGACAAUAGUCAAGAUAUUAAAACAUUUAUGACAAACCAAAUGAAAGACUCAGAAGAUAUCAAGACAUCACUUGGAGAACAAGUAAAAAAGGCAAGACAACGCUAUGUGAAUGAGCAUCAAAAGCCAAAUCCAAAUGAUAGACAGAUUGAAAAGCUGGAUUCUGAAUAUAGAAAAGCAAUAUCUACCAUGCGAUCUAGUUCAGGGCAAUGGAUAUAUGACUGGCGUGAAUCUUGCAAAACAUUUCAGUCAUUAGAAUUAGAUCGUCUAGAUUAUCUUAAAUCUGUUAUUAAAACGUUUUCAAGCAUAUUGACAAGUACUAUCAGUACAGAUGAUCAGACGUGUGAAAGGUUAUCUAUCGCUAUGGAGGAUAUGGAAUCUAGUCAUGAAAUAAUGGAAUUCAUUCAGCACUAUAAGACAGGCUCAACUAUACCAGAACUACCAAAAUAUACAAAAUUCAGACCUCUUGAAGACAAUGAUUUUUAUACAAAUCAAGCAAACAACAAAAAGAGUAUUUUGAUACCAACAUUAUCGACAAGAAGGUUUAAAGAAAUUAAUAUACCUAUACAAAACAAUGAAGAGCUUAGAUCAAUUAGUGAUCAAUUAAGAAAAUUACCUAGCCCAACUGACUCAAAUACGAACAAUAUUAUGACAUUACAAAAGCAAGAGAAAGAACAAGAAGAAGAAUGUCAUAGUCCACAUCCUUAUCCACUUAACCCGGUAUACAAACUAGACCAAAAACAUCCCUCAAAAAGUGAGCCUAUUCUAAACAAUAAAGACUGGUAUCUCGAGAACAAUGCAUGCCCAUCAUCAAUCGCCAUCACAACAGAGCAACUAAAAAAGCAAGGCUCACCUGCCUCGCCUACAAAGAAAUCUUCCAUUCUUCUAUCCUUCUUAAAAAAGAAAAAAAAGCCAGUAGUACAAGAAAAUCAUCCUCGGAACAAGAAGCGGCUCUCGCUUGGUCAUAUCACACAAAAAAGAGCUUCUUCCAUCCUCACUCCUCCUAGUCCAAUGUUUAGUCCAACUGAUUUCUAUUAUUCCACUGCUGAACAAUAAGUGUUU